AUGGCAGCCUACAUAGUGAUACCGGUGAUCGUUCUCACGAUAAUGGCCAUUUAUUUUGUGGUGUACAUGUACGACAGACGAUUAAAGAGCAUGCGCUCUUCUGCAGCACCACCGGCUACAACCACAUCCACCUGCUCGAACGUGCGACAGGAAGGAGGGAUAGUGUACACAAUUUCCAACACGCAUUCCACCGGGAAUGGCGCUGUUCGCCCCGGUUCAGAACUUAACGGACGUGUUAGCGUUGUUCCUCCGCCACAGUAUGGUUACACGAACCAGAAUUUGAUUGUGGUCACGACUAUUCCGCGGGAUUUACCACCAUCCUACGAUCAAGCGAUAAGGACAAGGGAAGAUGAAAUACCCAACAGCAUUUCUGCUCCAUCGUGA